AUGACGCGGUUUAUGUGUGUUCAAUACCCGAAUUCACCCUUCGGGGCCCGAUGGUGCCAGACCCGCACGAAUUUCGAAUAUUCUGGCCAACUUUCGCCCGAACGGCACAUUUACAUGGCAACUGAUCAGGAGCUUAAAAUAUCUCGAAUGACCAAACGAUCAAUGAACAAAAAAAUAUUCAGUCGACCCAGCUACAAGCUUCGGGAAUUUGUACUCACUCCUUUUCAUAUAAAAUAUUUUGAAGUCAGUGGUGGGAAUCGGGGAAAAGAAAAGGGCCGCAUCUCCCUUGCUCACGUUAAGUAUGUAGAGAAGGUUUUGGAUGACGAUUUAGACAACAAAAAGAACGUCUUACAGAUUGCCUAUGUCGAAGAUCCAAGUUCAAUAAACUGGUUUCUGCUGUAUAUAGUGGCGCCUACGCUGAUAGAACGAGAUGAUUGGAUAAGUCUCAUUCGAUUUUAUACAAGAGAGAGGGGUGCUUGCUUUCUGCCGCGUUAUCAUCCUGGUGUGUGGCGUCGUCCUGGUCGAUACAGCUGCUGUGAUGACAUCAAUCGUCGUUCCCUCGGUUGCCAGCAUACCACUGACUCUGGAUCGAACACCGAGGCAGCCGAGGCUCGUCGCUUCUCUGCCUUCCCAGGUUGUCUUCCCCCCGUCACCUCAACGGAGGUCCAGACGCCUUCCGUGCCUCCCCUGGGCGGCCAACAAUCGGUUGCUGUCCAAGCUCCACCUCCUCCUCCUACUCAGGUGCCUCAGCAGUCCGUGGCCCAACCGAUUGCAGGAAAGGUGAUCAUGGCCACCCCUCCCGCUCCUCCCCCAAAUCCUGUCAGCAUGUUCACCCAACAGCAAUUGCUCUUCCAACAGCAACAACAGCAACAGCUGUUGCUCGCUCAGCAACACAAGCUGAGCAUGCUUGCCGCUCAACCGCAUUUGCAGCAGCAACAACAGUUGGCCGCUCGACGACCCGCAAGGCUGCCUCAAUCUCCUGGUGGCCAAUCCUUUGAUUGGCUUAGUUACGUAGACCAAAGGUGUUUAACCCCGCUGGUAUUCGUUGCCCCAAAAGGUGCCUGUGGGAUCGUGCCAAAGCAGCAGGGUAACCGAGUUUGCACAUUCAUCGAGGUGUUACGUCAUCGAGAACAGUGGGUGUUCACUGCCGAAAUAACUGUCCUGUUUAGCUGUCUUUGCCUCCUCCCCGCAGUCGACACGAUUCAGGCUGGCUUCCUUCUGGGUCGCAGGGAGGAGAAUGAAAAGACCGUGAUCGCUGUGCACAACUACAAUCCCGUACGUGAGAACCAGCUGCCUCUACAGAAGGGCGAGAAGUACUAUGUGGUGAAUGACAGUAACGCGCAGUGGUGGUACGUUCGCAAUAUGGCCGGUCAAUCUGGCUACGUGCCUACAAACUACAUCCACAAGCCAAAUAGUCUCAACUCUUUCGACUGGUAUUACAAAGACAUCACUCGUCAGCAGGCUGAGGCGAUUCUUUUGGAAGAGAAUCGGGAGGGCUGUUUCCUGGUUCGAGAUUCAGUGAGCAAGAAGAAUACGUAUACCUUAUCGGUAACCUCGAAGGAUCCGGAUGUUGCUGGUAAGCUGCGAGUACACCACUACCAUAUCCACCGGACAGAGGCAGGCACGAAUCUCUCUAACGGCCACACCAAUGGUGGGGGCCCAGGUGUCUCGGCCAACGGGAGCGCUGGCAACAGUGCUCUCACCAAUGGCGGUAACAGUGCAGGACAGGUGAACGGUGGGGUUAACUCUGGUACUGGUGCAGGCGGUGGCGGUGAGGCACAGUUCUACCUCUCGGAGAAGCAUGCCUUCCCGACUAUUAGCGAGGUGAUCCACUAUCACAAGCACAACUCCGGCGGGCUGGUGGUGCGCCUCCGCUCUCCUCCCGUUAAGGACCGCGAGAGUCCUGUCACCGCCGGGAUGGGCCUCGAUGAAUUCGAACUUGACCCCGCAGAACUGCAAAUCGAUCCUGAGCCCAUAGGCAAGGGCCAAUUCGGGGUUGUCAAGCGAGGCAAAUUUCGUAACAUUCCAGUGGCAGUCAAGCAAAUGGUUGAAAACGCGAUGAACGAGGAGGACUUUAUAGAAGAAGCAAAGAAUAUGCGGUUAGUUAGCUUCACGGCCAUAGUUUUAGUUUCACAAAACUUUGCCAUCUCCGUCUCACCAAUCGGGUCACUACGGGAUUUCUUGCGCCAGCGCCAGUCUCAGUUUUGCAAUCGUCCGGUAGUGCUAGCGGAUAUCUGCGCUCAAGUGGGCAAUGGGAUGGCUUACCUAGAGCGUGAGCAGUUCGUGCAUCGAGACCUAGCCGCGCGCAACUGUCUGGUGAAGUCAGUUUCACGCAAUUCAGUGGUAGUCAAGGUGGCCGACUUCGGCAUGGCCCGCUUUCUCCUCGACAACGUCUACGAGCCCAGUGCUGGCACUAAGUUCCCUGUCCGUUGGGCCGCUCCUGAGGUCUUCCAGUCCGUCUAUACUGACAAAGCCGAUGUUUGGAGCUUCGGCGUUCUUAUGUGGGAGGUGUUUACUUAUUGCCUGGAGAAUCCCUAUCACGGGAUGAAUAACUCGCAGGUGUACCAGUUCAUAGUCGAUGGCGGACGUUUGCAUAAACCGGCCGUCUGUCCCGAUCGGAUCUACGUUCUUAUGCUCGAAUGCUGGCAACACGAUCGAAAUAGACGUCCAGCGUUCGAAUACAUCUGUCAGAAGAUCGGUGAUUACUUGGAUCAGAACUGUGAGAACUGA